AUGGAGGGAUUUAGAUGUGCAAGUAAUGAAGAAAGCUAUGAACUGUCCUACAGAAUUACAAUUGAUGGAAAAGAAUAUACAAUCAAUCUAGUGCAAAGAACAUUUUUGCCUCAUAAUUUUAGAGUUUACAGUUAUAAUGGUACACAAAGUAUGACACCUCUUGAACAAAACUUUCAGAAUUUUUGCUACUACCAAGGCAAUAUUGAAGAUCACCCAAAAUCUAUGGUCAUCCUCAGCACAUGUGCUGGACUCAGGGGCUUAUUGCAGUUUGAAAAUGUCAGUUAUGGAAUUGAGCCCUUGGAGCCUUCCAUUGGUUUUGAACAUGUUAUUUACCAAAUCAAACAUAAGAAUGUUGGUCUUUCUUUAUACGCUGAGGAAGAUAUUGAAUCAACAAAAUUUCCCUACAAAACAAAACGUAUAAAGGCAAUUAAACAGUUAUUUCAGUACAUAGAAAUGCAUAUUGUAGUUGAAAAAUAUUUGUAUAGUCAUAUGGGUUCUGAUGUUGCUGUUGUCACUGAAAAAAUUUUCCAGCUAGUUGGAAUAAUGAAUGCUAUAUUUACUUCAUUUAAUCUCACAAUACUGCUAUCUUCAGUGGAGCUUUGGAUAGAUGAAAACAAAAUUCCAGUAGGUGGAGAUGCUAAUGAGUUAAUGCACAGAUUUUUAAAAUGGAAAAAAUCUUACCUUGUUCUGCGUCCACAUGAUGUGGCCUUUUUACUUGUUUACAGAGAAAAGCCAGAUUAUGUUGGUGCAACCUUUGAAGGAAAGAUAUGUGAUGGACAAUAUGGAGGCGGUGUUGCACUGCACCCCAAAUCCCUAAGUCUAGAAUCACUAGCAGUUAUUCUAGCUCAAUUACUGAGCCUUAACAUGGGGAUAGCUUAUGAUGACAUUAAGAAAUGCCACUGCUCACAGUCUGUCUGCAUAAUGAAUCCAGAUGCAAUUCAUUCUAGUGGUGUGAAGAUCUUUAGUAACUGCAGCAUGGAAGAUUUUGCACAUUUUAUUUCAAUGCCAAAGUCAAACUGUCUUCGAAAUCAGCCACGUUUGAGUCCAUUAUAUGUGGAAAAUGCGCCGGUUUGUGGAAAUGGAAUAAAAGAAGAGGGUGAACAGUGUGACUGUGGGUCUUCAGAGGAAUGUAGUCAGAUAGUUGAAAAUUGCUGUGAAGGUACCAAAUGUGAACUGAAAGAAGGUACUGAUUGUGAUUCUGGGUUGUGCUGUUCAAAUUGUCAGUUUUCUACAGAAACAUGUAGGCCGGCUGAUACCAGCUGUGACGUAAAGGAGGUAUGUAAUGGUUCACAUCCUGACUGCCCAGAAGACAUAUAUUAUUAUGAUGGACGACCGUGUGGAAGUGCUAAUAAGUGGAUAUGUUACCACGGACAGUGUGUAAGUGGGGAUGCACAAUGUGAGAGUAUAUUCCAAGGUUCACAGUUUGGUUCUGAUGAGUGUUUUGAUCACCUCAAUGCUGUGGGUGAUAUAGCUGGGAGCUGUGGUUUGAAAGGUACAGAGUACAUAAAGUGCUCAUCUAGAAACACAAAGUGUGGAAGAUUAAUUUGUUCAGCUACAACAAGUAAAAUAUUUCACAUUCCUCAUGCCUCUGUUUUUUAUACCAACGUAAGUGGAAAUAUUUGUCUUUCAAUGGAAUAUGAGGGAAAAGAAGUGGAUGAAAGUAAUUCGUGGAUAAGAGAUGGAACUGUUUGUGGUGACAAUAUGCUGCUUGGCAUGCGUCUUCUGAGAAGUUUAGUGGAGAAUAAGGGCCUGGAGGGUGAAUCAACAUGGCAGCAACUGUGGGAGCAUUGCUCUAACAAGGAAUGCAAAGGCAAUGAAAAUUUGGGUUACACUGGAUGUCAGGAAAAUUGCACAAGUAAUAAUACGAUAUGCAAUAACUAUAAACAAUGUAUGCAAGUUCAAAAUGAAUCAAGUGAACCAGUUUUAUUUGAAAUAAUGUCUCCCUCUGGAGAAGGCACGAUGAAAAAUAUUUAUCAUUCCACACAAAAGGUUUUAAAAUGGCCUUUAUUCUUACUCAUUCCUUUUCUUAUUCUUCUCAUUGUGUUAAUUGCUAGUGUGGUAAAAGUUCAUGACCAAAGAAAGAAACGGAAAAUUGAGGAAUAUACAAGCACUGAGGAAGUAGAAAGUGAGAAUGAAUCCAAAGAAUAG